AUGAACCCAAACAACCGCCAUGUCGCGUGCAAGCUGUGCCGCGACCGAAAGGUCCGUUGUGACGGCACUCAGCCCUCUUGCGACAAGUGCCGUCAAUCUGGCGAAGAAUGUAUUUACUUGCCAAUACAACAACGGCCCACCAAGGCCGACCUGAACCAAAUGAUCGAGACUCUUCAGAAGCGUUUGGGCGAAGCUGAGGCUCGUAUAUCCAGCUUUGAUAAUAGCACUGCCAACGAUCACAUUGGCAAUGGCCAUCGUGGAUCCAACUUCCAGCGACCGAAUAGUCCUGUGUGGAACAGCAACGUCGAGCAGGCUGAGCCGUCUGCCUUUUUGUGUCCCCUGCCUCCAUUUCAGCCAACAACCUCUGUAGACAAUGUUGCAACAACGGGGAUCAUGAGCAAUCCCACGAUGUCCUAUCACCGACAUCUACACCAUUCGCCUGAGACCGCAAGCGGCGAACUGAUGGAGACUUUACCAUCGAAUGGCUCUGGUGGAACUAUGGAUCGGGGUGACUUAUUGCUGCAAGGAGACGGCGACGAACUGGAUAUACUGGAUAUCGACCUUCCGCCGUCAAGGGGGACAGGAUCAAGUCGCUUGCGGGGAAGCCGCGACCAAGCUAUGGUAUUCAUGGAUACAAGUACUGCCUCAUCCUCCAUCAGUAACUCUGCAGGCUUCCCUUAUUGGGGGGGUUCCUCUGGCGGCACAGGAAACUCGUCAUACGCGGAAUCUAUGGUUGCGCCUUCAGACAAUGAGAAAUCCAAUAGCGACGCAUCCCAGGCGACUCUAAAAGCAAUUACAGACUUCAUGACAGCAAUAUUCCAGAGCCAGACAGAGAUUUCUGGCCUUGCUUUGGUAUCAGCGGAAUAUCUAGCUUGGAUGCGCAAGGCUCCCACUGCGGUUGGAUCAAAGACGAGCUUGGUUUAUACCAAUGUGCUGGAGACAAUUGAAGAGCGAUUACGAGAACUUCGCGAGAUUGCUGAGACCAGACACCAGGCUGCGUUCCGGGAGCUUGUUGGAGUCCUGCCAGGCACAGAGCAAUGUGGGCGUGUUUUCGCCAAGGGCUUAUUAAAUCACGAGAAGAUCUUGCAACACCGGUCAGAGGAGACAAUGAAGUACUUUGAAACAAAGUAUAAUGCAUGUGCUCUUCUUUCUGAACAGACCCAGGGUCUCCCACAUGGGAAGCCCCUGAGAUCGAUGCGAGAUGCUUCCCGGGCGAUACGCGACAAUCUCUAG